ACCAAUUUUCCCGAGAAAAUUUCCUGAUAUUCCGUCUCCGCCGAGAAAAAAAAAAGCCAUAGCUAAGCUAAGCUAACCCAUUUCUAACGCGAUGGAGUCUCGACGGAAUCCUCGCGCCGUUGUCGAUCCAAAGGUCCGACAAGUCGGAUUCUUCACAUCAUCUUCUCAACCCGAUUCGACUCCGCAACCCGACCCGAUCGCCCCUGCUUCUCAUCCCGUUUCCAGCAUUUCUCCCUCCGGCAACUCACUUUCCCCCGUCAUGAUUCCUCCGCCUCGUCACAACUCCUCCGAUACCUUCCCUCUUCGCGCCGCCGCCGCCUCGGCCGUCUCUCCUUCCUCCUUCUCUUACUCCAGCCGCCGCGAUUUCCCAGACGGCUCAACGACGGCGUCUCCGGGACGCGUUUCCAGGGGCAGUUUCGCGAAAUCGUCUGUUCCGGCUGCGUCUUCGCUUCCCGGCGUCGGGAUGGAUUCUAUGGCGGCGGCUACAUCUAGUAGUGUUCCUGCUAGUAGAUUAACCACUGUCUCCAUCGUGAAUAUGCCUCCUGGACUUACUGAGAAGGCUAGUGGGAAGCAGGUGCAGAGUGACCAGAUGAAGAAUUCUAAGCCGUUGAAAGAGAAAACAACAAAAGCUGAGAGACGAGCUCUUCAAGAAGCUCAAAGAGCUGCUAAAGCAGCUGCAAAAGCUGAAGGUGGGAAGGCGCCAUUAGUGACCUCAGGCUCGGUGGCUUCAACAAGCAAAGCAGCUAAACCAGCAAAGCCUUCGUCUCAGAAGAACGAAGGAGCUGUUGCUGCUGGACCAUCCGAGAAAGAUAGAAAGAAAGACGCUCCUCAUCCCCGUAUGCAGUAUGAUGACGAGAGCAGAGUCGUGAAGGCGAAAAGACGUGCUGUUGUGAAACAGACAGAGGCUAAAAACAGGGUUGAGCUGUUUAGGCAUUUGCCUCAGUAUGAGCAUGGGACGCAACUUCCUGAUCUCGAGACAAAGUUCUUCCAGCUUGACCCUAUGCAUCCUGCUGUGUACAAGGUUGGUCUUCAAUAUAUUUCCGGGGAUAUAUCUGGUGGCAAUGCCAGGUGCAUUGCAAUGCUCCAAGCAUUCCAAGAGGUUGUCAGAGAUUAUUCGACGCCGCCUGAGAAGACUCUUAACAGAGACAUGACUGCAAAAAUAAGUAGCUACGUCUCUUUCCUCAUAGAAUGCCGCCCGCUCUCAGUUAGCAUGGGAAACGCAAUCCGGUUCGUGAAAAACCGGAUCGCUAAGCUGCCUAUAACACUUGCUGAAUACGAAGCAAAAGCUGCUCUUCAGUCAGAUAUUGAACGGUUCAUUAACGAGAAGAUCAUAAUGGCAGAUAACGUGAUAGUCAAACACGCUGUCUCCAAAAUAAGAGACGGCGAUGUCCUUCUGACCUAUGGAGCUGCAACCGCUGUUGAGAUGGUGUUAUUACAUGCACAUGAGCUCAGGAAGAAAUUCCGUGUCUUGGUGGUUGAUUCCCGACCAAAGCUUGAAGGGCAGCUGCUGCUUCGUAGAUUGAUCAAGCGAGGCAUUAACUGUACAUACACUCAUAUAAACGCCAUUUCAUAUAUCAUGCACGAGGUCACCAAAGUGUUUUUGGGGGCCUCGUCAGUUUUGUCAAACGGAACAGUUUACUCAAGGGUCGGCACUGCUUGUGUUGCGAUGGUUGCAAGUGCAUUCCGUGUUCCUGUGCUAGUAUGUUGCGAAGCCUACAAGUUCCAUGAGAGGGUGCAGCUGGAUUCGAUAUGCUCUAAUGAGCUUGGUGAUCCAAAUGCUAUUUCUAAAGUACAUGGAAGAGAAGACAUAAACUACUUAGAUGGUUUAACCAACAACGCAAACUUGCAAUUUUUGAACUUGAUGUACGAUGCUACACCUUCAGAUUACAUUUCCAUGAUAAUCACAGACUACGGGAUGGUACCUCCUACAAGCGUGCCUGUCAUUGUGAGAGAAUAUCAGAAAGAACACUUGCUUGUCUAAAGCAAAGCUCUGCUUUAUACAUUUUUUUGCCCUCUUCUAAGGUGAAAGCUCUUCUUUCUUCUUCUUCUCCAUUCCCUUCCUCGAGCUCAUGCUCUUCUCGUCACAACCCGCAUAGAAUAAUUACCGACGCUUCCUCCCUCCACCGCUUCUUUUUCCGGAGCACCGGAAUUCAUUUCUUUUUGGCCUUGACAUGCUUUUUUAGAAACUUUUGACUCUGUGAAGAGUGCGAUUCAUCAACCGCCUCUCCGGGAAAGAUUUUAUCGAUAUCGGUGAUGUUUUUUCUUUGUCUUGUGAUGUAAUGAGUGAAAGCUUCUCUUAUUCUCCCUUCUCACGGAGAUUGUGAUACAAAACUUUGUCGAAUUCUAUGCCAAAUUUUCUCAUAAUUCCA